GAGGUUGUCGAGCGAGUGGGUGUGUUUUACCGGAGCAGUCGCAGCGCAGUGUCUGAAGUAGAAGGGCGUUACGAAUAGGAGGUUAAAAUUACGAAAUUCAGUGUGUCUUCGGAUUUUAAUAUCGCAGCCAUGAGUUCUGCAGAAGGAAAUUGCUGUGCAGAGUUCUUAUCUCUAAUUCGGCUUUCUCUCAAGUCACCCUCAAUGGCCUCACAGGGCUCAAAUUUUGAAGGAAGUGUCCCUCAUGCGUUUGUGACGAUGGGAGCUUCGGGUGAUCUGGCAACUAAGAAAAUUUAUCCAACCCUGUGGUGGUUGUAUCGUGAUAGAUUGCUUCCUAGCAACACGACAUUUUAUGGAUAUGCUCGCUCAAAGAUGACAGUUGAAGAGCUGCGAAAAAAAUGCCACCAGUACAUGAAUGUAAAGCCAGAAGAAGAGGACAGAUAUGAACAGUUUUGGAAACUGAAUAAUUAUAUAGCAGGAAGUUACAAUGAUCAUGGUGAUUUUAAGAUGUUAAAUCAAGCCCUGAUUCGCCAUGAGAAUGGAAUAGCAGCUAACAGGCUUUUCUAUCUUGCAUUGCCACCUUCUGUGUUUAAGGAUGUAACUGUAUUAAUCAAUAAUCACUGCAUGGGGAAAAAUGGCUGGACUCGAGUGAUUAUAGAGAAGCCCUUUGGUCAUGAUGCAGAUAGUUCUCUGAAGUUGUCAAACCAUUUGGCAUCAUUGUUCAAAGAAGAACAACUUUAUCGCAUUGACCAUUAUCUUGGAAAAGAAAUGGUUCAGAAUCUCAUGACUUUGCGAUUUGGAAAUCGUAUCUUCAGUCCAACAUGGAAUAGGGAAUGUAUCUCUUCAGUCCUUAUAUCCUUCAAGGAGCCAUUUGGGACUAUGGGUCGUGGUGGCUACUUUGAUCAAUCUGGAAUAAUUAGGGAUGUGAUGCAGAAUCAUUUAUUGCAGAUUCUAAGUUUAGUUGCAAUGGAGAAACCAGUAUCAAUUCAUCCAGAUGACAUUCGAAAUGAGAAGGUGAAAGUAUUAAGAUUCAUUAGUCCGUUGAAAUUGGAUGAUGUGAUAUUAGGCCAAUAUACUGGUGAUCCAGUAGGAGAAGGCGAUGCUAAGUUUGGAUACUUGGAUGAUCUUACUGUCCCUGAAGGUUCUUGCACUGCAACAUAUGCACUUGCCGUACUGAAAAUAAAUAAUGAGCGUUGGGACGGUGUUCCAUUUAUUUUACGCUGCGGCAAAGCUCUGAAUGAAAGAAAAGCAGAAGUGCGAAUUCAGUAUCGUGAUGUGCCUGGUGAUAUUUUUGGUGGAAAACUGAAAAGGAAUGAGCUGGUGAUUAGAGUUCAGCCAGGAGAGGCAGUAUAUAUCAAAAUGAUGACAAAAACUCCUGGUAUGACUUUUGAUAUGGAAGAAACUGAACUUGAUCUUACAUACGGUAGCAGAUACAAGGAAGUGAAGAUGCCAGAUGCAUAUGAACGACUGAUACUGGAUGUUUUCUGUGGCUCUCAGAUGCACUUUGUUCGCUCCGAUGAGCUGUCUGAAGCGUGGAGAAUUUUUACUCCACUGCUACAUCAAAUUGAGUCUGAGAAAGUUAAACCUCUUCCAUACAAGUAUGGAUCUCGGGGACCGAAGGAGGCAGAUGCCAAGUGCAGUGAGUUUGACUUCAGGUAUUAUGGUUCAUACAAAUGGGUGAAAAACCACUAAACUGUUUCACAGAAGAUUAAAUUUGAGGCUUUCAUGGCAGUGAAAGUUUGGAUUUAGAUUCUGGGUUAUGGCAUCUUGUAGAGUCAUUGAACUGAUUCUUGUUCAUAGAUCACAAACUGAGAACAAGUUAUCAUUUCCAGUUUAUUAUUUUUGCAUUAUUUUAUUUUUUUUUCUAAUUUUAUUUGUUGAGAUAUAUGAAUAAUAAUUUAUGGUGUUGAAUAUAAAAAUUGUUUAGAAUAAAAACAUGUUGAUCAUCUUAAAGGUACUUAAAUUAAUAAACUGGAAUAAGGAAAACAGAAGAAUCAGAUUCCUCUGAAUUAUUUGAAGAAUGUAUAAGACUACAUGAUGUCAUAACCAAGAUGACAAUCUAAAUAUUUCACAAAAGAUAAAAAAAAAA